UUAGCCAUGUCGUCGCGCGUGUUGAUGCGACAGCAGCUGAUGCGAGAACAAGCACAGGAGCAGGAGAGGCGAGAGGCCCAGCAACAGGCCUCUGCCUCUCAGCUCCGGCCCACUGACACCACUCCUGCCAUCUCCGUCUCUUUGCCUCCAAAUUCUGCCCGCCCCCCUCCAGCCCAAGUUCCUGUGGAGGUGCUAAAAGUGCAGACCCACCUAGAGAACCCUACCAAGUAUCACAUCCAGCAGGCACAAAGGCAACAGGUGAAGCAGUACCUCUCCACCACUCUGGGUAACAAUGCAGUUACUCAGACGCUUGGUGUGUCGCCUGUGCCACAGUGCAGCUCCGCCCCUGAGGUUGCCCAUACUGCCACCAGUGCCCCUAACAGUCCGAUGGCCCUACUUAACAUCAGUUCCAACAAGGAGGAAAUGGAAGAUGUAAUAGAUGACAUAAUUAGUCUUGAAUCCAGUUUCAAUGACGACAUCAUCACGUUAAUUGACUCAGGUCUUCAAUUACCUAGUACGCUCCCAGGAAAUCUGUUGGAUGUGUAUCAUAGCCCUGGAAUGGCAGCACCCACUCUGGCUGUCAGCAACUCAUGUCCUGCUGAUCUUCCAAAUAUUAAAAGGGAAAUUACUGAUGCUGAUACCAAAGCUUUUAUGAAGGAGAGGCAAAAGAAAGACAACCACAACUUGAUUGAGAGGAGGCGAAGAUUUAAUAUUAACGACCGCAUAAAAGAGCUUGGUACUCUCAUACCCAAGUCAAGUGACCCCGAGAUGCGCUGGAAUAAGGGCACCAUUUUGAAGGCCUCUGUGGAUUACAUCCGCAAGUUACAAAAGGAGCAACAUCGAACCAAGGAUAUUGAACUGCGCCAGAAAAAACUGGAGCAAGCGAACCACAGUUUAAUGUUGCGUAUCCAGGAGCUGGAAAUACAGGCCCGCAUCCAUGGCCUCACUUCUAACGCCAGUAUCUCUGGUCUGAGCUCCAGUCCUGCCUUGCUGCAACAGCACCAGCAAAUCCUUCAGAAUGGCCAGUCCCUGCAUCCCAGUGCAGAUGCAACAUCCGGGCAGAACCUCCUCAGUUUGGGUGCGGCAGCUACUGGACAGCCUCUGCCCACUGCCUUCCUCUCCCCACCUUCCUCAGACUCUCCCGCUGGUGUCACCAUUAGCAGCCCUUUAGAGUUGGGCAGCCUGAGCUUCGCAGAGCUAGAGGACACCUCCGCCUCGUCUCUCUACCCUGAUGUCGGCUUGGGGGACAUUCUUAUGGAUGAUGGAUGCACACUCUCUCCAGAAGCGGUGGCUGAGCCCCUCUUUUCUCCAUUGUCACCGGGUGCCUCUAAAACCAGCAGCCGCAGGAGCAGCCUCGAUAUGGAUGAAGACUUGUGA